CACAGAAAUGGCGUUCUCUCUUCUUUUGUUUCUGAGUUUGAUUUUCUGUGUUAUUGUGAUGCUAAGCCCCUACUUGGCUUCCGCGGCGGCGGCGGCGAGCGGGGACAGCGAAUUGGUGAGCUGGAUGAUGCCGGCGGGAGGUGCAGGGGCAUGGUGGAGUGCCUGUCGGAGGCGGAGGAGCUGAAGAUGGAGAACAAAUCGAGCCGGCGCAUAUUAGCCACCACGUGGUACAUCAGCUACGGUGAGAUCUCUAUCUAUCUUGUUGGCCGAAUGCUUUCACCUGAUAUCAUCAAGACUUUAAUGGGCGAUGACUUCGCUGCAGACUUCUCAAAGGUUUGCAUUCGCGAACAAGACAAUGAAAUGUCAAGAAAGUUAAUGGGCUUGCUUAGGAAGUACCAUCAAAGUGAUCAAUCAUAUUAUCAAAUUAUGUCACCUUGUGAGGCAAGGUGAACAACCCAG